GAAGUCUAAGGAUGAAGCAACAUCUACACAAGACUGAUUUAAGGAAACAGUCACGCAGUCCACCGAAGCCGCACUGAGUGUAUAAGACAAAUAUACACAGGAAGUGCCUCCCACUCUCUUGCCCCUGAGAGCUGCUUCUCUCUCUCUACCCCCCAUGCCUCUCUCAGAGUGUUACUCAUGGCAGUGUGUUGCUGAGCAGCAGCCAGUCGCGUUUUUCCCCUCGCCGCGCUCACUCAUUCUCAUCCUCUCAUGCGCUCUGUGGCUCAACGAACGGACCAGACCUCUGCUCCUCUUCUCCUCUUUUUCCCGUCCGUCACUUCAUUCUGGCGUCUUAUCUUAUUUUUUUUUUACAGACGUCUCCCCGUUUUUCACCUUCCCCUCUGGGGGAGAAGUUCAGAGAGGGGGGGGGGCACUGUCUGCUUUUCUAAGUGUGUGUGUGUUCAUGUGUGAGUGAGCGCUGUGGGGGUCCAGCAUGGAAGCGGUGGCACUCUAUACGUUCCGUGCCACAGAGGGAGAUGAACUCAGCUUCAACAAGGGGGACAUGCUCAAGAUCACCAACAUGGAGGACGAUCCAAACUGGUACACAGCGGAGCUCCACAACCGAAAAGGCUUUGUGCCAAAAAACUACAUCAACCUGCGGCCACACGCCUGGUUCGCCGGCCGCAUAUCCCGGUGUGUGGCAGAAAGUCGACUCAGGCACAGAGACUGUGGAGCUUUUCUAGUCAGAGAAAGCGAAAGUGCUCCUGGCGAGUUUUCCAUGUCCGUCAGUUAUGGGGACCAUGUCCAGCACUUCAAGGUGCUGCAGGAUCGCUGUGGUCAGUACUACAUCUGGGACGAGGCUUUCUCCUCUCUGAACGAGAUCGUGGAGUUUUACCAUAGCAACAGCAUCGCUAAGGAGAGGACGGUCUUUCUGAGAGACCCAGAACACUUUGCCAGACGUCCUCAUCACGCCCAUGCUCUCUUUGACUUCAACUCGCACCACCCCUCCCAGCUGCGCUUCCUGCGUGGUGAUGUCAUCGAACUCAUUGACUGCUCUGACUCGGUACGCUGGAGGGGCCGGUGUCACGGACGUGUGGGCUACUUCCCCCCGGAAUACGUUCAGCCCAUUUUCCAACACGGCCAAUAACCUCGCCCGUGCAUGGUCCUGACCCCGCUAGCAUCGAUCCCCUGCUCUGCUCUUGCCUGUUAGCUUCCGGAGAACACGGGCCACCGCUGGAGUGACCCCUCCCGUCUCUCUGUGAUGUGACCUGCCAAUAAAAAAGCCUCGUCCAAUCAACUUUUACAGUCUCAUCAGAAGGUCCACUGCUCUGUGAAAGUAGAAAAUUCCCACAUGGACGUUUAUACUGUGGAGGAAUCUUGCGCUCAAUUGUUUAUUACAGCUUAUCAACGAUGCAGCUGGAAAACUUACCAACAAACUUCAAUCUGAUAAAGGAAAAAAAAAAAACGAAAAGUGGCUCAUGGGAGUUUGUGGAUGAAGGGCAAAGCAGGGCAGAACCGUCCCCGAUGUUCCAGAAUUUCCCACAACGGCGUGGGAUGUGUUGUGAGGUCAAACACAGAAGACAGUGGCACAGCAUCCUCGUGUUGGCUGGAUUGACCAUGUGACUGAAGUCAUUUGUAUGUAGUGUACAAGAGUGAACUUUACAAACACAUGCGCUACUGCAGGAGUGAAGAUAUAACUACAAGUGUGGAUAUUUUCUCUGUAUUUGUCUUCAUUUCAGAAUACUUCACUGUGGACCCUUCACAGACAUGGCUGUCUGCAGCGCUCACUGAGUUGAGUGUCUAAAAAAGAAAGAACUGUCUGAAAAGUGAAAAGUGGGACACUUAACUCAGUUUAUGAAUCCUUUGAAUAUGUUUUCCAUGUAUUUAUUCUAAUUCAUGUGAUCUUUAAAUAAAAAAUACUUUUACUCCAAGUAUAUAGACAUAAAACUAUUGUAGAUUAUUUUUGUUGCAACAAAGAAUAGAAAAAAAAUACAUAUUGUAAUUUAUAGUCAAGAAUCUGCAUAGGUCUUCCAUUACCUGUAAUGACAAAUUAUUUCAAUAAAGUUCUACAUUUAUCUGUUUAAACACAAA